AUGAUCGCGAACACCAUUAGGGUUCAAUACGGAGCACCUUCCCAAGACACACUCAUGUAUUCUAAGCCAUACACCAGGAGGAUAGACAACUUGCGAAUGUCGACAGGAUAUCAACCUCCCAAAUUCCAACAAUUCGAUGGAAAGGGAACCCAAAACAACAUGUUGCACACUUCGUCAAAACAUGCAACAAUGCCGGGACAGAGGGGAAAUGCAUUUGAUUGGUAUACAGACUUGGAGUCCGAAUCCCUUGACAAUUGGGAUCAGAUGGAGCGAGAAUUCUUGAACAGAUUCUAUAGCACUCGUCGCACUGUGAGUAUGAUGGAACUCACAAAUACCAAGCAAUGGAAAGAUGAACCUGUCGUCGAUUACAUCAAUCGGUGGCACUCGUUAAGCCUGGACUGCAAGGAUAGGCCUUUGGAGAUGUGA